AUGAGCAAUACAAAAGAAAAAAAGAGUGAACAGGUUCUAAAAAAACCACAACUUUCCACUCUUAACCCUCCACCCUCUCAAAUAUUUUCUGUAGGUGGUGCAGAAGCCGAGUCUUUACUAGCAACUACUCCUACCAUUGCAG